GCGGUUUGUAAUCACUAGUAGGUUUCUUUUAACAAAUACGUAACCACGAAAGCCCACUAGGAAACCUCUCCAUUUUCUGCGCAAGGUUCUGGUCUUAUUUUCCUUCUCCGACGUUCCUCCACCAUCUUCGUCUAUCCAAAACCCUCCACUCCUUUGGCCCUUGCCUUUGGAUUUUCCCUACGUCAUAUCCUCUUUCCACACAACAAUUACCACAUUCCUCUAGCUCCCCGACGUGAUCUCUGACCUUCAUGUCAACUGAUCAAAAUCAAACUCGAAUAGCCACGAGGCGGCCAUGGCCGGAGCUCUUCACCCCAUUAUCCUCCUUCUCUCUCCCAUACUCCAACCAGGACGCCAUUUCCCGCAUCAGACGGAACUUCUACCAUUUCCGAGUCAACUACGUCAUGGCCGUGCUCUUCAUCCUCUACCUCAGCCUGCUGUGGCAACCCAUCUCCAUGAUUGUCUUUCUCGUUGUAUUUGUCGCCUGGUUCUUCCUCUACUUCUAUAGAGACACUCCGGUCGUCCUCUUCGAUCGAGCCUUGGACGACAGGGUUGUGCUUGGUGUUCUGGGACUUGUUACUGUGGUCGCAUUGUUGCUCACCAAUGUCGGGUUGAAUGUUUUGGUGGCUCUGAUUGUUGGGGCCGUGGUUGUCGGGUUGCACGCAGGUUUUCGUGGCACGGAUGAAUUGUUUCUUGACGAGGAAAGCGCCAUGGAAGGUGGGUUGGUCUCGGUCGUGGGGACACAGACACCAUGGCCAACCCCAUAUACUCGGAUUUGAGUAAUUGUUCCUCAUUUUCAUUCAUGAAAAUUUUUGACGAUUUCACGGCUGGUGAUUCGCCUUUUAAGGUUUGAUUUCUAUUUAGUAUUGAGGUAAUUGACCGAUUUCAAGAAACAAGUUGACAUUGGUUUCUCCGGGUUUGAUUUGCGGUGGGUGCUGUAAUUGGCUGUAUAUAUGAGGGGUUAGGUUCUGUGCUCUGUUGAUUUGAUAUUGGUAUUGAUAUUGAUAUUGCGCUUGAUGAUCCUUCUCUUAUUUGGUUGCUAAUAGUUAUGGAGUUCUUGAUUCUUUGGGUUUCUUUUUGGUUAGUUUAUUAACACACAUUCAGGCUGUAAAGUGACACUGGAAUCAUCAGGGUCAGAUGGGGAGUGUCGAAUUGCAGCUAGCAGCAACAGGGGAAGGUGAUUUCUUUGGUUUCAUGGGGUCAGUGAAUAAAGUUUGAUACUGUCUUGUCAGUUUCUGAUGUUAUUUUAGAUUAACAGCCUCUUGUUUUUUCUCUUCUUGGCCAAUGAAAAGCCUUUUCAAUGUUAGAAUGUCAUUGAUCGGAGAGAUUGAGGAUCAGAAAUAAUCUGCCCAAGAAACUAUCUGAGAAAUAUAUAGAAUAGUAUGGGAAUGUUUAAACAUCGAAUGGAGAGUUUAUAAAAAUGUAAAUGAAUCGGACGAGACGUUUCUUUGGUAGUUCUUAUAAUUGAAGAAGGGAUUGUUUGGAAUCGUGGAAAUAAUUUUUUUUAAGGAAGUGAAUAUACUAAUAUUU